UCAAGUCCAGUGACAGUCGAGGUGAUGCUGAGACACAGGGUGACUCCAGGCAUGGUGGUGAUGAGGAGGUGAAGGAGGAGUAUGGAGCAGAAACCAGCAUAGAAACAGUGAAAGGUACAAGGGCAAUUGUUUUAUGAAUAUAAAUAAAAAAAUGAUUAUGUUUAAAAUGAUAAAAAUCAUAAAUUAAAGAAUAUCCACUAUUGCAGAUGUAGCUCUACACUCAACCCAGGCAGAGUCAGGGUCCAGCAAAGGAGAAGUUGAGCUAGCUAUUCACCCAGAUGAGGAUGAGGGAUUUCCUUUUUUUGACCGCCCAGCCUCAAAAGAUUUUUCCAAAUUUUUUAACUUCCACCCUCAACAACCCCCCAGAAAAGGUGUUAGCAUCUAUGAGACGAAAGAUGGCAUCAACAGAAAGUGGCUCACAUACUGUCAAAGAGACAACUCUCUGUACUGUUCAGUAUGUUUGGCCUAUGCAAAGCCAUCUGCAACUGACAGCACAUUUAUUAAGGGGGGGAUGACAGCCUGGAAGCAUGUUCAUCAAAGAAUAGAAGAGCAUGAAAGAAACAAAGGCCAUAGAGAUAGUGCAGAGGCAUAUUUUAUGAAAGCCAGCCAAGCAGACAUAGCAAGCCUACUUUGUGGGAAACAAAUCUCUCUGCACCGGGAUCAGGUCAGGAAGAAACGCCAAGUCAUGGAUCGUGUGAUAGAAGUGAUCAAAGUUUUAGGGAAGUGUGGUCUAAGCUAUAGAGGCACUGAAUUUGAAGCAGCAUACACCUGGGAGAAGUUCGCUGUUGACCAUGGAAACUUCUUGGAAAUGAUCAUUCUAUUAAGCAAAUUUGAUGUCUCGCUCCAAGAACAUGUGAAGGAAUGUGUUCAAAAAAGCAAAAGCCUACAUGACAGCGGUGCGAAAGGCAGAGGAUCCCUGGUAACACUGCUCUCUAAAACCUCUGUUAACAAAGUAAUUGACGUCAUCAGUCACUUAAUUAAGGAGAGCAUAUCUAGGGAGGUAAGAGUGGCAGGGAUGUUUUCUGUGCAGAUUGACACCACACAGGAUGUCACCUCCACAGACCAAUGUGCUGUAAUCCUCAGAUAUGUCAAUGAUGAAGUCCAGGAGAAGCUCAUAGGUGUGGUUCAAUGUGAGUCAUCAACUGGAGAAUAUUUUGUGGAGCUACUUAAAGAAACUCUGUCAAAGGUGGAUAUUGAUCUUCAGAACUGUGUAGGCAACUCAACUGAUGGUGCAGCAAACAUGCAAGGCCAAUACAAGGGGUUCUCUACCUUACUCUCAUCAGAGUCUCCUAAUCAGGUGCACAUCUGGUGCUAUGCACAUGUGCUUAAUCUGGUUUUGGGAGACACCACAGGCAUUGUUAUCGAAAGUGCAUCUCUUUUUUCUAUUAUAAAUGAUGUAGCUGUAUUUAUUAAAGAUUCAUACAAGCGUAUGAAUGUCUGGGAGAAGGUGAGUGAUGACAAGCGACACAGAAGGCUGUCUCCGAUUGGAGAAACUAGCUGGUGGGCAAAGGACCAGGCUCUCAGCAAAAUAUUUGGCUGUUUUGGUAACCCCUACAAUGCCUUGUUCGUGGACUUAAUCCUAACACUGAAGAGGAUAGUGGAGGAUAAAUCAAUGAAACCACCUGUCAGAGCAAAAGCAAAGGGUUACUUUGAGGCCUUUUUGAAACAUGAGACAAUCCUGACUGCACAAAUAUUUCUGAGGAUAUUUGAGAUCACCUCCCCACUCUCCAACUACCUGCAGACCAGUGGCAUGGACCUAAUCACUGCGCAUCGCCUAGUAAUGGGGGCCCAAGACAGCCUAAAAAAAUGCACAAGGGACAUGGAUGCCGUGACAAAAGCCGCUAAUGUCUUUGUUGAGUGGGCUAACGAUAAGCUGGAGGAAAACGAAUCCGAAGAGGUGGUACAGGCAGCUCUCCCUCAAAGAAAAAUCAGAAAGAAAAAGACCAUGCCAGGUGAAGAAGCAGAGGAAGAACACAUAUUGAGUGCAGAGGAUCAGUACAGGAUCAAGGUACACAACACCAUUUUGGAUACAGUGACUGAGAGCAUCCAAACACGCUACUCUGCAAAUGGAGCCCUUUAUGAUGAUUUUGCCUGCCUCGACCCAAGGAACUUUGACACAUUGAGAGUUAAAAACCUCCCAUCUGAAUCCCUGGAACAACUCAGUCGAUGUCUCCUGAGAUUUGACGACAGAGCCACACCUGGAAGGCUCAAGGCCGAGCUCUAUAAUCUGGCCAACCAAUGGGAGAGAAUAAAGUUGCCCCAUUUGGAGUCCUACACUGUCAGGACUGCAGCAGAGCAUACCAAAGAUGGAGAUGGCCUGGAGCUCACAGUCACCAGCUGCACCUCCUGUAAAGACUGUGCAAUUUGUGUGUAUCGGGUCCUUUCCAAAUACAACCUUCUGACUGGUUCCUAUCAUGUCAUUGGAUUGGCCUACAAGUUCCUGCUGACACUCUCCUUCAGCCAAGUGGCCUGUGAGAGGACCUUCUCAACACUAAAAUUUGUGAAGAACAGACUGAGAACCACCUUGACACAGGAUCGUCUUGAGGCCUUCAUUAUAAUGUGCACCGAAAAAGAGAUCCUGAUGUCUCUAGACAACGAUGAGGUCAUUGACAAAGUUGCGGAGACCAGUGAAGUGCUCCAGCGCUUGCUGAUGAUGUGAGAUGUAGCUCUACACCGGCAGAUUCAGGGUCCAGCGGAGAGGAAGCAGAGCGAGCUCUACACCCAGAUUAUUUUUUGCUGUUUGUUUUCUCUAACUAUAUAAAUCCAACUAUAUCAAUCAAGGAAAGUUUGUCUGUCUGUGUGUGUGUGUGUGUGUGUCCUAAUUUUUCUCCCAAACGGCUUUACCUAUCACUCUGAAAUGUCGAAUAGCCCCUCAAUAUAUACCUGGCCAGAGACUGACAGAGCCAUUUUUCUAAUUUGUCAAUGCAAACGUUGGUUAAAAAAAAGCUUGAUUAGUGAUUUAUGUGAAGCUGUAACCAACAGACAAUGUGUAUGUGUGUGACAAUUUUUUUCCACUAAAAUAAUUGUAUCUUGCACUAUUUAGAUCAUUUUCAGCCUUGAUUUUCCUUUCUAGGCACAUGCAAUUUCAAAUAUUUUGUACAUGGACAAGAUUGCUAAUAAAAUAUUUCCCAGUGAUCUUCACAUUAUUCUAAACACAUGCACAUCCCAACAUUGACAUGCAGUUGCAAUGCACAUAUCCACGGAUAAGGACUAGUUUUUAUUAUUUUACACCGUGGCAAAAUUCCACACACGCUAUUCCCGCGGUCUCAUAAAAGGCCUCUCCAUCCCAAAGUCCCGGGCCAAAUUUUUGUCCCAGUCCACCCCUGCUGGAGGAUGUUCAUUC